UCUGUUUUCUGCUUUAUAUUACUUUCACCCCCAACACAACCAAAAACCCCUCUUUCAAUUUUUUUUUUUUAACUUUGCUCUGUGUUUUACGCUAUGAUGCAACGCUGUGGCAGCUACCAAUGCUACUCCGCGGGUGAGUGUUCGUGUGGGGCGUUCUAUGCGCAGCAGGGCAGCUACUUCUCCACCCCCGCCUACAACAAUUACUAUGAAUCUGAACAUUAUUCUUUUGACUCUUCCUCUCCGGUGGAUUGUACGCUCUCUCUCGGAACACCCUCGACUCGUAUGACGGAGUACGACGAGAAGCGCCGUGAGGAGCAGCACUCUGCUUCUAAUUUUGCCUGGGAUUUGUCUCGUACUAAACAUGGUCACUCCUCCAAGACCAGUCGCCGUAGUGGCAAUACUGGCGGUGAUAAAUCCAGAGCCAAUGGAGACCAAAUGUUCUCUCGACACUGCGCUAAUUGCGACACCACCACCACUCCCCUCUGGCGCAAUGGCCCUAGCGGUCCUAAGUCGUUGUGCAAUGCGUGUGGGAUUAGAUACAAGAAGGAAGAGAGGAAAGCGGCGAGUUCAGGGCAGCAGGCUAAUUCGAUGUACAAGAAUGAGGCUAGCUCAUGGCUUCAGCACCAUUCUCACAGCCAGAAAACGCCGAGAUUCCCACAUGGAAUUACCAAUGAUCUGAAUCCCGGCGUCGCCUUUCUCUCAUGGAGCCUCAAUGACACAGAGCAGCCUCAGCUGUACUACGAUUUCACAAGUUGAAAUUAUUAUCUCUCCCAAGAAUUUUCUUUUUUUUUUCUUUUUUCUUUUUUUUGCUCUCUGCCAAUGUGGGGGAGUUUUACUUUUCUUUUCUUUUUUCCUUUUUUUUUUUGUUAUUAAUAUUUACUUUCUUUUUUAUACCCUGGAGGAAAAAAAAAAAAAAAAAAAAAAAAAGCCACCACUAUAAUAGUGUUGUUGAAGGAAUUUUAAAAGAUGGUGAGACGGUUUUAU